AUGGCGCGGGUUUACGCAGAUGUCAACCAGAACAUGCCCCGCAGCUACUGGGACUACGAUUCCGUCAACAUUAGCUGGGGCGUUCUCGAGAACUACGAGGUCGUUAGGAAAAUUGGUCGCGGAAAAUACUCUGAGGUCUUUGAGGGCAUCAACGUCGUUAACUACCAGAAGUGCGUCAUCAAGGUCCUGAAGCCUGUGAAGAAGAAGAAGAUCAAGCGUGAGAUCAAGAUCCUGCAAAACCUGGCUGGAGGACCUAAUGUCGUGGCCCUGCUGGACGUGGUCAGAGACUCGCAAAGUAAGACGCCGUCUCUCAUCUUCGAGCAUGUCAACAACACCGAUUUCCGAAGCCUCUACCCCAAGUUCAACGACCUCGAUGUUCGCUACUACAUCAACGAACUGCUGAAGGCUUUAGACUUCUGCCACAGCAAGGGCAUCAUGCACCGCGACGUCAAACCUCAUAACUUGCGGCUUAUCGACUGGGGCUUGGCCGAGUUUUACCACCAGGGAACCGAGUACAACGUUCGCGUGGCUUCCAGAUACUUCAAGGGUCCUGAACUGCUGGUCGACUUCCAGGAGUAUGACUACAGCCUCGACAUGUGGAGUCUGGGCGCUAUGUUUGCCUCGAUGAUCUUCCGCAAGGAGCCGUUCUUCCAUGGCAACUCUAACUCAGACCAACUUGUCAAGAUUGCGAAGGUGCUCGGUACGGACGACCUCUUCGACUACCUCGACAAGUACGAGAUUGAGCUCGAUGCGCAGUACGACGACAUCCUGGGCCGUUUCCAGAAGAAGCCCUGGCACUCUUUCGUUACCGCGGAGAACCAGCGCUUUGUGAGUAAUGAGGCGAUCGAUUUCCUGGACAAGCUGCUUCGAUAUGACCAUCAGGAACGUCUCACUGCCAAGGAGGCCCAGGCACACCCUUACUUCAACCCCGUUCGGGAUCCCGAGGUCUUCAAGCAGCACUUGGCCAAUCAGACCGCCUCGGGUGUGAGCAGCAACUGA